UGUUUGUGCGGUUCCCGUCGGGUAAGUCUCCAGAUACCAUCGCACACCAGCCCAUUUCUCCAAUAAACAAAACACCAACAUCACAAUGACUGGCGCCACCACGAACCCCCAGGUCUGCCCCGUCGUCCACAACAAACUCGACCCUCCCCGCCCUCAACAGCCGCAUCGUCAACGAGCCCAAGUCCAAGAAGAUGGACGAUGAGGUCUGCCCUGGAACCAAGUACUGGCGCCGGUUCCGCGCAUGGGUGCAACAGGCCCUAGGCCAACGAUAUGUUCGCCUCUAUCGGCAAGUCUUCCAUGACAUGGUGGUCUGCUUGAGCGACCAGCAACUCGUGACCGGGAUCGCUUUCCUGGCUGAGGCUAUACUUCGAAUGUAUACCGAACAGGAUCCAAUCACAGUCUAUCACUUCGAUAUCAUCAACUAUCUUGCUAGGUUCAGCUGCAACACUCACUUGCUAUCGAUGCAAAUCAUGCGAUUCAUUGAGACUAAACGAACGAAUCGACGGUGAGGGACUGGCCACCGACAUUCGGGCGACAGUCACAGAGUCAAGCUGGACGAUAUAAACGUCAACAUGGUUAAAAGUCCCUUAAGAACGCAUUUCAUAUUCGUCUAUCU